AUGUUGGAGUUUGUGUUUGUGUUGGUGCUGUUGUCAGCCUGGUGGUGGAGCACACGACGUCACACAGGUUUACCACCAAGUCCUGGCAUCGCCCUGCCAGUCGUUGGACACUUGUACCUCAUGGAGCAGGAUCCAACUCGUCUUCUGCAGGCGUGGAGGAAAAAACUAGGAAACGUGUUCUCUUUAAAGUUGGGAUCAAAAAGGGUUGUUUUCAUCAAUGGAUAUGACGUCAUUCACGAAGCUCUGGUGAAACAGCAUUCGGUAUUCAUGAACAGAUCGGACAGUUUUAUCCACCAUCAUGUUAUGAAAGGAAAAGGAGUUGCUUCCCUUAAAGGUGAAGAAUGGAAAGUGCAAAGAACUCUUCUUCGUCAUUCAUUUAGAUCUAUGGGCAUUGGGAAAAACGUCAUGGCCGAGCGUAUCAGCAUAGAAAUAAAAUUUCUUCUCGAUGCUUUAAAAGAGUUGAAAGGUGAACCAACUGAUGUGAAAAAACAAAUCAGUGCAUGUGUUAGCAACAUUGUCUGUAACGUAACCACAGGACGACGUUUUGACUACCAAGAUCCCUUUUUUCUCAACCUUCAGGAGCGUCUGGCUAUCAAACAUGUCGAUGCUUCAUUUUUCCCAGAAAUACAAGACAAGUUAUACGAAGAGAUGAAAAACGUCGUUGGAACUGACACUCUCCCUAACAUGUCUCACAAGUCAAAGUUAAAAUAUCUUAACGCGUUUAUCUUUGAGACACAGAGAUUUGGAAAUGUAAGUGCUACUGGACUCGACCGCACAGCAGACGUAGACACGACGCUCAACGGUUACUUUAUUCCAAAAGGCUCCCUCCUGAUAACUGUCUUUGACUCUCUGUUCUGGGAUGACAAGAUAUGGGGAGACGCAAUGACGUUCAGACCUGAGAGAUUUCUAGAAAACGGUGAGCUGACGGUUAAAAAAGAAUUUCUGCCGUUUUCCGUCGGUCGCCGCAACUGCGUGGGGGAGUCUCUGGCUGUCAUGGAACGCUAUCUGAUUAUUGCGGCUUUGGUGCACACUUUUCACUUGCUGCCCGAGGAUCCCAACAAUUUGCCGACUACCAAAGGUAUAUUUGGGCUGACUAGAACACCACAUACAUUCAAAGUUCGUGCAGUUUUAAGAGGUGUUUGA